UGCCCCGUUUCGGACAGAAAUCCAAAGGGAAAGGAAGAGGAUAGUUACGGAUAUGCGAACGACACGCAGUGCACGCAAAGCGUUGCUCACCAUCAUUGGGUCGCGCAUUAUCGAUGCAAAUGUGCGCCAAGCGACGUUCCAGGGCAUGUUGUUCUAAAAAAAUGUCGACGUCAUCGGUCACAAACGACAAACAGCAAACGGCGGAGAGCAGCUAGCAGCGCAAAAAGUAGCGGGAAUUCGGCGGGAAGGGCGGUGAUAUUGUGACAGUGUCGAUAAUUAGAGGAGUAGGGAGAGGAGACGACCGAGGCGACCUCUGUAACGGCGAGUGACGGCUGAAGUGCAUCGCACGAUGCGUUGCAUUGCUGUCGAAUAUGGCGUCGAGCUCGGAUCUGCUGGAAUAUUCCUCCCCAGUGAAGCGUCGUAAGGUCGACGGCGGUGACAGCGAUGGGAGCAUCGGUGCAGGACUAGUGGAUUCGCGGCCCAGCGAGACACUGCGCGAUAGCCCGCCCAACGAUCUCGAAGAAGCACUUGGUACAGACAGUGGGUUUAACGAACUCAGUGAUGAAUCUAAAUCAGCUUCCAUAUCUCCUGCAGCUAUGAGUCUAAUAUCACCACCAUUAAGGGUUGACCCUACUAGUAAUGAGACUGGUUGCCUAAUUGAUACCACAGAUGAGAAGGAUGAAGUGUCUUCAACUGUUUCAAACUUAUCGGAUUUAUCAGGCUUGUCGGACCUAUCUGGAGAUGGAGAAAUCGGCCAUCAGUGGAAAAAUGCUUCUUCAUGGAUUCAGAAACAAAUGUUAACGGGUGCCGAUCCUAGGGAUCUCCUACACCACCUUCUUAUGGACUCCACGCAAAUUCCUGAGCAAGUUGAUGAUCUUACCUUGUGGAAGAUAAUAAUUGACAUGAUGUCUGAACCACCAAGACGACAAAAGCUUAAACAUAUAAAUACCUUAUCGGAUGUAGUACGAUUAAUUCGCAAUAGCAAGAAAAUUAUAGUGUUGACUGGUGCAGGCGUUAGUGUUAGCUGCGGUAUUCCUGAUUUUAGAAGUAGAGAUGGCAUUUAUUCAAGACUAGCACAAGAUUUUCCAGAUUUGCCAGACCCACAGGCUAUGUUUGACAUUAAUUAUUUUAGUCAAGAUCCUAGGCCAUUUUAUAAAUUUGCACGCGAAAUAUAUCCAGGGCAGUUUAAACCUAGCCCUUGUCAUAGGUUUAUCAAAAUGUUAGAAAAGCAGAAGAAGCUUUUAAGGAAUUACUCUCAAAAUAUUGAUACUUUGGAACAGGUUGCUGGUAUUGAAAAUGUCAUUGAAUGCCAUGGCUCCUUCGCUACCGCGUCGUGUACAAGGUGUAAAUAUCAAGUCAGAGCGAAUGACAUCAGGGAUGAUAUCUUCGCGCAGAGGAUACCCAUAUGUCCGAAGUGCCGCGUCAACGCGUUGCCUUCUUUGUCCGAGAUGAAUUGCAGCGACAAUUAUAGAGAUCUGGUGACCCAAGGUAUAAUGAAGCCAGAUAUCGUCUUCUUUGGUGAAGGACUCCCUGAUGCUUUCCACGACGCGAUGGCCAAAGACAAGGAUGACUGCGAUCUUCUAAUCGUUAUUGGAUCGUCCUUGAAGGUUCGACCGGUAGCUCUGAUUCCUUCAUCCAUUCCAUCGCACGUACCGCAAAUCCUCAUUAAUCGAGAACCAUUACCACAUCUCAAGUUUGACGUUGAGCUACUGGGGGAUGGUGACAUUAUUAUAAAUCAAAUAUGCCAUUUAAUGGGCGAUACUUACGAAGAAGUCUGUUGGUACGACAAAAUUCUGAAAGAAGUUUCACAACUUUUACCAUUGCGGUAUUUAAUCGAUGACACCUGGGAACAGAGUCAAGAUACGACAAGUAACACUGAGAUAUCGCGCGAAAGUGUAGAAGUCGAUUUGAAACGCAAUGCGUUUUCAACUGAAAGCCCAGAUAGUCUCUCAAUUACAAAUGCAAUUCUACAACAUACAAAUGACAUCAAUGUUUGUGUAGCGUCACAUAAUGAUCAUAUCCAGACAGAAAAGUCGGAAAAAAGCCACAAUUUUGUAGGAGAAAAUCCAAAGAGACGAUCGGGGGACACUAGUAUAGAGAAUAGUCCCAAACGAAUGAACUUGGGUAGUAUGUAUGAGACGGAAGUUGUGGAUUCCACAUCGAAGAUAUCUGAAAAAUCGUCUGAAAAUUAUUCGGAAGAAUGUCAAGUGGUGCCAAUAUUGUCCCUCUCUUCAGAGGCUGUAAUAAAUGAAAACACUCUGGAGUCUCAUAAAGCGCUUAACAAAUGUCCAGAAAAAUCAAACAAGUAUGACGACACUGCAAAUAUGGAUGCCACUGAAUCAGACAAGAUGGUACCGAAACCAAGACAGGCAUCGGUGGAUUCUGUAUUAGAUUCCGGAAUAGGCGAUAGUUGUAAUAGCAUCGAUAGCACAGAGGAAAAAUUUGAUAUAGCCGAGUUAAAGAACAGAAGGUUGGAGAGACACUGCUGGCAACCAAAGACUCGAGAAAGUCUCGCUACUAGACUACCAGAAAAUUCCUAUUACCAAUUGGCAGCAGGUAGAUAUAUUUUUCCUGGCGCGGAAAUUUAUUCUGAACCCGAGCAAUAUGAUCAAUGUUCUCUCUCGGCAAAUUCCGAGAGCACAAAUAGUGACAGCGAUUCCUCUUCUGGAGAGGAAGAAGAAGACGAGGAAGAGACAUGUGUGGACGAUGAUCUAUCAGAGGAUGCACAUACCGACGCUGACACUACUAAUAGUCAAAACAAUGAUCCAAAGUGGACGAGUCAUUCUCAUAUUGCUAUGCAGCAUUGAAUUGGAGUUGCAUUUGGAUAUAGUGAAUAAUUUUAACGUUACUCCAUUGAUAUUUAUUAAGAUUUGUUAUGAUCAUCCGUGUAGAAUGAUAAGUGAACGGUGCAAUUUUUACUGAUUCAGUUACGAAGCAAAAAAGACACUAAAUAUUACAUAUAUCACAUAUAUUCAAGAUAAUCAAGCCUGCAGAGAAGCCUGCUGAUACUCUUCUAGAAAAUUGCUGACAUUUUGCUACUUGAUUGUAUGUAUAUAUAGAUGUGUGCACGUACAUACACAUAAUUUUUCUAUGAAUUAUUUCUCUAUUUUAUACUAAAAAGGAAGCGAGAAGCAAGACUUUAUUCACACUAUAAUAAUCUAUAUUAAUUAUUAUUUUUUUUACAUAUUUAACUUUUAAUUCAAAUCCAGUUCAAUAUAAUGACUCUCAAAGAAGAUAUUUUGUCACAGAUCAAUAUUAUAUCGUCUAAUCUUAUUGAUAAUAUAAAUAAUUUAUGAUUCGAUAUUUAAAUAGAUAAUCAAGAUUUAUAUUUUGAAUUUGAGUCCAUAUCUAAAUUGUUCCUAAAAUGUUUUUUACUGUUAAAGCGAACAAUACAUUUUCAGAGUUAAGAUAUUGAAAGAGAUUUAUGUAAACUAAUAAGUUUGAAAUUUUACUACAAAAAAGAAAAAUAGCAAUUAUUUAAAAAGAUAUUAAACAAGAGAAAAAAAUAUUUUUGUACUAAAUACAUUAAUUUUUUCAGCAAACAAAUUACGUUUCCAAAUAAUCGAAACAUUUGUUUUAAGGGAAUAAGCGUUAAACGCAAUAAAAUCGUCACUGUAUAUAUAGCGCUAAAAAAAUUUGAAAAUUAUUUGCAUAUAUUUACAAGUAUCAAUGAUGUUUUUAAGUGCUGUUAAGUUACAUAGCCGCGUGAUAUUGAUUAAAAUGCACUUGAGUGGUUUUUGUUUCGUAACUGUCAAAAACAAAACUGUAAUUUUUAAUCUUCUAUAAAUUGCGUUAUAGUAUGAAAGAUACUUUGGUAGCAUUAAUUUAUACGUAUGUAUGAUUGACAGUUAUUAGCAACAGAUUCGAAGGAUUAAAUGCAACAUUUAAUUUAAUGACGAAGUUUUGCAAUAUGUUUACAUAUUUUUGCAUAUACAUUUAGUUCUUUCAAUCGAGAUUUCGGUAACAGCAGUAACCUACGCGAAAUCUAAAAUGCUAAUAGUUUGUAAAAAUGUAGUAAUGUGUCACAAAACACGUUUAAUCUAGAAUUGAGGUAUCUUUUUUAUAUACAUAUAUAUUUCAAAUAGCACAAAUCGAGGGAUCUACUUAUACACAAUUCCGUAUUUUCUUUUCUUUUUCUUUUUUUCUGUGUCAACCUCUGUGGCGCCGACUGUACAUAAGCUAUCGUUGCUCUUCUACAAAAUGUAUCAAGAUUAAAUUUGCAUUUUAACGGUACAAUUGAUUGUUGUCCGCAAUCCUUAUGAUCUAGGGAUCUGAAGAUUUAUAGGGAAAUGACCGAGAUUGCUUGUAACUCUUAUCGCACUCUACUGUAAUUAUUUCUUCUCUACUACAAACAAUCUAUUUAAUCUACUUCAUAUGUGUAAAAUAUGAAUCUUGCGCACGUUUCCUCUCAUUUUAAAGGAAAACAGUGAGAGUAAAGCAACAUUAGAAGAAAUUAUAUUACAUUUUAAUUAAGAGAUAAUAUGUAAAUACGAGAUUAAUUGUAAACAUAAUUAACAUGAAAUGGAUAAUACUCGCGGCUUGUUAUGUCUAAGAAGAAAAGAAAGUAGCAUUGAAGCAAUAAUGCGGGUCUAUUUUCUUUAGCUACGUGAUCUUAUGUUCUCUUUGUUUAAAUUGAAAGCACAGAAAUAUUUAUACUCGAUUAGAUAAACGCAGAAUGUAAAAUGUAGUUGAAAUCGAUGGACCCAUUGAUGCAUUCUAUGAAAAUGAUUAGUAAUGAUUUGAUUAUUAUAAUGAAUGUAGCAUGCUUUAACACAACACGGAUGAUGUCGGAAGUGUUAGUAUAUAAUAGCUUAGAUUGCAAAAUAGUUUCUUAAUGCUCAUUAAUAUCGAUAGAGAUGGCAUUUUGCCCGAUGACUAAACAACAUCCGGACAAACUACGUCAGUACUGCUAGGCUAAUUAAAAAUUAGUGCUAAUGAAUAGUUAAACACUGAUGUUAUUAGUUUUGUUAUUGUCGCAUCGCUAUUUCUGUCGUUAUGAAUAGAAUCGCUAGUCUUCGUUACAGAUUUGUUCUUCCUUUUUUUUAUGCAUAAUUUUUCUUGUUGCGAAAUAAGUUUGCAAGAAUUAUCACACAUAAAUACAAUCAGAUCGGAAUUUUGAUAGAUAAGAAAAUAACUUUAUCUUGUAAAGUCUUCGUUGGCAAUCGCAUUCACAUUUAUUGAAAAAAAA